AUGCUUUGCCGCAGGCCAGACUUUGGAAGUCUCGAAGUCAAACCGACCUUUCAGUUUUCAGUUGCCAUCGUGCCCAUGGCGACAAGUGCCCCGCUCCUGGGCAAGGCCGCCCACAGCAAGGCAUCGAUCUUCUAUGGGGCAGAUGAGUAUCUUGAGGAGCUUAAGAAGAAGUACGCACACGACCACGAAAUUGCUGCGUUGAAGAAUGCUCUGCCGGGCGAGGGGGAUCCUAAUGCUGCAGGCGUUGCCCAGAGCAGCGACAAGAUGCUCUCCGUUCAGAAGAACAAUGAGAACAGGAGCUUGAAGACCAAUCGGCUCUUCCCGACACCGAACAAGCCAGACCCGAUGCCGCAGAACCUGGCAUUCCUCUUCACCAAGAUCACGCCGGAGCAGAUGAUCUACAUGUGGAAUGUCCUUACCGCAAUUUUCUGCACUCAAGUGCUGAUGGUGAUCGGCUACUGUGCAGCCUUGGCUACCUUUCCGGACUACUGGUGGACCUGCACGCUUUGCUUCGGUCUCCCGUUCUCGUACAUCGCCAUCCAGAACAUUUACAUCGAUCACGAUGUGAUGCACGGCGCCACUUUCCCGGUUUACGAGUGGCAGCGCUUUUUGACGCAUCCAUUUGCGGACUUUUUCAGCCUCCCGUGGGAGGAAUUCGUGCUGGAGCACAACAGGCAUCAUGCCUCAACUGUGGACUUGCUGAUCCAGGGCGAGUUCGGCUGGGACCCUGAGGAGUUCCAUUACGCCCUCCAGCAGUGGGCCGGGCCAUGGAGCUCCAACUGGUACAAGUACCUGCUCACCGUCCCCUUUAUCCCGGUGAUCCAUUUCUUCGGUCUCAAUGAUACCGGCUCUCUGUUUGCCUUGGAGUGGUGGAUGCACUUCCCCGACGAGGGUGCAGGUGGCAAGUGCAACAAGGAGUUCUGGAGCAAGUGGAUUCCCCGCCGAAUCAAGCACAAUGCCUUCGUGCUCUCCCUGUGGGCCUGCAUUUGGCUGCUUGGUACCUACCCUCUGGGACGUCCGCUGAGCGAGGGGUGGCGGUUCAUGUUCACCGUGUCCUUCUUCGCUCGCAUCGGCUACUCCGCGGCCUGGAUGUUCAUUACCAACUUCACUCAUAGCUUGCCUUGGAACGAGUUCCUGGCACAGGACCCGGGCCGCACAUGGCCUGUUCUUCACAACGUGAUGGCCAUGGUUCUGGGAGGAAAGCACCGCUGGAACGAGAUGCUCUUCCACGACGUCCAUCACGCUUUUCCAAACGCUGUCGGCACGCUCAGCCAGCGCGGCCGCUUCCACGGCUGGGAGAAGGUUCAUGAUGCAGCGGCGGAAGUCCUGCACCGAGGGCUCUGGAAGCCUAAUGGCGAUGAGGAGACACAGAUGCAGAAGACUCAGAAGAAGCGAUCCAUGAUGAUGCAGCAGGGCAAGGCCCAGCUUGUACAGAACCUCUGUGCGCCACGGGGCAUGCGAGGAGCCUGGACAGGAGACGCCAGAAAGCCGUUCCUGGAGUACAUGGGCUCGACUGCAGCUUUUGUCGUGACCGGGGGCUGGCGGGACGGUGUCUCGCGGAACGGUGUCGCACAAGCAGGCCAAGCCAUCACUCACUGGCAACCAGGACAGCUCCUCCCCGGCCCUGUCUCCUUCGAGCCAGGCCCUUGGCAUUGGUGUCACCGGCCAGUCUGGAAGGUCGAUCCCCGUCAUGCCCAGCGCAGGUCCACAGUAUCGAGAUGCAGAAAUGCAGAGCGAGAAGUGGUCCACGGAUUUCGGCCGAAUAGUUGGAUCACCGAAGGUGCUCGAGUGGCAUCUUUCGUGCGACUCAACGGCUUCCUCCUCAGGACUCACAUUACAAGCCUCCUCUCUGCGUUGGCAGAGGAUGGAUGGCUGGAGGCCUGGGAGAAGGAUCGGCUUUGCAGUUCGGCACGGGAUGCCGAAUCGCGCUGGGCACAAAGCUUCCUCCAGAUCUACAUGCGCUUCGUUGAGACGGACGAUGUCGCCACGUUUGUGGCGGGCCUGAAGGCUCAGGAGCGCCGAGUCAUGACUCGCUGCAGAUCAGCCCGUGGCGGCGGUGCCUUGGCUGAUGUGGUGGGUCUGCGCUGCGUGCUACUACUUCUGCCCUUGCUAUUUACGAGGUCGCUGGCAGGCUUCGCAGCAUCAAAGAACUCCAUCAAGUUGGCUGCAUCCACUGGUACGCUUAGCCCACAGAAUCUUGCUGAACCAACAGAGGUGGAUCUCUUGGAGGAUGCCGACUCCCCGAAAGAAGUGCCAUUUGCCCUGCCAAGAGUGCAGGCUGCGGCGCCCGAGAAGCUAGACUCUGAGGUUGGUGUCCUGUCCCUCUUGGCAAGCGACCGGACCUGGACGGUGAUCUCCUUUGUGGUGGGCUAUGCCAUCGUGCAGUACUUCCUUUCCUCUAGUGACAAGGCAAGCGGCUGUGAAGCCGUCAAGACGGAUUGA